AUGGAUCUGAAGACUGAAACCUCAUCGAAUGGCUUGGUGCCAGAGAUCAACUUGGAGAAAUUACGCAAGAUGGCCGCAGAGCUGAUACUGCCAGGAAGGUUCAUCCUGAAACUACUGAACAUCGCUCUGGUGUUUGUCACAAAUUUGUGGGCCAGAAUUUUAGGAAGCGGCUUAGUCAAACACCAUUUCCACCUGGCCCUGUCUGGUUUGGUGCUGUUUGGACCAGUGCUGAGUUUUUGGGUGUCCAAGUACAGCAUCUUCUCUAACAGGAACCACUAUCUGUACAGGAAGUUCCUUCAGUCCACUUGGGGCUGGACUUGCAUCUUAACCAGUUCCUUCAUCUUCCUCCUCUCCUUCUCAACCCGUCGCUGCCUCUCUCUCUCCCUCCGCCACCUCUCUCGGAUAGGGGUGGUGGGGUUUCUGUGGUGGGGCUCUCGGCGUCUCCUGACCCUGCUGGAGAACGCAGCAGGGACCUGCUACGAACCUGUAGCUGCUUCCCAGGACGGGGCUCUGAUCCAGGGCUCGGGCUCCUCAAGCCAGCCCCUGCUGCUCCUCCACGAAGACCAGACGAAGGCCUCCUGCCUCAGAGCUGGCAUGCUGUGGCGCGGCUAUGAGGUAUCCGAGGACACCCUCAUUCUCUGCCUGUGUUGCCUCCUGCUCGUGGAGGAAAUGUCUGUUUUUGGCCCUCACCUGGCCCAAGCAAAGCCCUUGCAGAAAUCACCUGGAGCCCCUUUAAGAAUCAUCUUCCUCCUCUGUGCAUUGCUGCUCGCUCUAUGGAUUUUCCUUCUACUGUGUGUGCUCGCCCACUUCCCAAAAUUCCCCUCCCAGCAGCUAGGAGGUGCUUUGGGUUACCUGGCAUGGAGAGGACUCUACCAGGGGUGGUUUAGGCUCCAACCCAGCUGGGGCCGUCCUGCUCUGCCGGGAGAGGAACUUUUCAUGGACAAAGACAGUGGCAAACAUCCAUAA